GUCCACCUGUCUACACGGCGUGGCGGCGCGUGGCGGGGCGUGGCGGGGAGUGGCGGGGAGUGGCGCAACGCUGCGCGGCCGGGGCGGGAGAGUGCAGACUUGGUCCGCGCCCGGCGCGCUCGGGGCGUAGAGCGAGUCGACACCGCGACCCGUCGAGACGAGCAGCCGCAGUGCAGCACGACCAGCCUCUCCGACCCGACCCCACACACCAUACCAUGGCCGCGCCCUCGCCCCUCCUGUCCGCGCUGAUGCUGGUGGUCCUCGCGACGGCCGCCCUCGCAGCAGCAGGCGGUGUAAACAAAAGAUCAGGCAGCAGUAGAAAAGCGAAGGAUCUUAACAACAAAGUCGAUAUUAAGCUUUACACCAGACUCUAUUCAGAAAAUGGCCAGAAGUUGGAUGCCUACAACGACACGUUCCUCGAAAAGUCCAAAUUUAACCCACUUGUGCCGACCAAAAUCUUGGUCCACGGGUGGCUGUCUGGCGAGACCAAGUCCAAGGGCGGAGCCAUCUUAAAAGACGCGCUGCUGGAGAUCUCGGACUACAACGUGAUCCUGGUGGACUGGUCGCAGGCCGACUCGAUCAACUACCUCGGCUCCCGGUGGCUGGUCAGCACCCUGGGGGAGCUCAUCGGCGACCUCAUCGGCCAGCUGUACAUGAGCGGCGGCAUCGACUUCUCGGACCUGCACCUCAUCGGUCACUCCCUGGGCGCGCACGCCAUGGGCUUCGCCGGCCGCACGGCGGGACUGGGCAAGCACGGCCGCAUCACUGCGCUGGACCCUGCCGGGCCGCUGUUCUGGAACGACCCCGCCGUGCGCCUCGACAAGUCUGACGCGGGCUUCGUGGACGUGAUCCACACGUGCGCCCCGGUGCUCGGCUACUGGGACCCCAUCGGCCACGUGGACUUCUACCCCAACGGCGGCACCUGGGUGCAGCCCGGCUGCGGACUGGACGCCGUGCCCGUAGGUACCUGCAGCCACUGCCGCGGCUACUCGCUGCUCCUCGAGUCCAUGGAGACCCCCGGAGCCUUCGUCGGCACCAGCUGCACCGGCUGGGACGACUACAAGGCGGGGGUGUGCGCCGGAAACGCGACCGCAGAGUUGGGGCUGGGCCUCGACCGCAGGGCCCGGGGGUCCUUCUAUUUUGAGACCAACGCGGAGCCGCCUUACUCUAAGCUCCCGGGUGCUACCGCCAGUGCAAGGCUCAACUCGACCAAAAACUUUGGAAGACUAUCCAAUGCGGCUUUGCACGCGUUAAAUAUACCGCCGGCAGCCGGCAUGUACCUGAUAUCGUUGACUUUGAUUGUGUGGGUGAGUGGGUGAGUGAGUGAGUGAGUGAGUGAGUGAGUGAGUGAGUGAGU